UCGGACCGGAGCGGCUGAAAGGGCGAGCAUACGUACUAACGUACGUAUACCGAAGAAACACACAAGACUGACCCGCGCGAAGAAAUAGUCGCAGCUCACGCUGCCAGACGAAAGCAACCGCCUCGCUGGUCUAUCGCCGCAAAGCCAUUCCAUCCUUUAAAUCGCCCGAGGCGACGGGGCGAGCGACUCAUCUCCCUCCCCAGACAAGCGGCGACACGCCAGGGCGGAGAGCACACACCGAAGCGGGCCGCGGCGGCGGCGCAGGCGCAGGCGCUUACAUGGGAGUAGAGGCGGGCGGGUGCGGGCGGAGGGCGGUCGUGACCGGGUUCUACGUCUGGGGCUGGGAGUUCCUCACCGCCCUCCUGCUCUUCUCGGCCGCCGCCGCCGCCGCAGACUCUUACUAGCUAGCUAGCCACCUCUUCUUCCUCCUCCUUGUAGGUAGUAGUAGGCUACACAACAACCACAUAUAUACAUACUAGGUACUAGCAGGCGAGCGAGAUUCGUGCAAUAAUCAAGGCAGCCAGUUAUUAAUAGUUAAUCGUCGGCGCCGAGCGAGAGAUGGUGGAGGAAGGCGCCACCGCGGCGGCGUCGAGGAGCGGGCCGGCGCCGUUCCUGAGCAAGACGCACCAGAUGGUGGAGGAGCGGGGCACGGACGAGGUGAUCUCGUGGGCGGAGCAAGGCCGCUCCUUCGUGGUGUGGAAGCCCGUGGAGCUGGCGCGCGACCUCCUCCCGCUCCACUUCAAGCACUGCAACUUCUCCUCCUUUGUCCGCCAGCUCAACACCUACGGUUUCCGGAAGGUGGUGCCGGACCGGUGGGAGUUCGCGAACGAGAAUUUCCGGCGAGGCGAGCAAGGCCUCCUGUCCGGCAUCCGUCGCCGCAAGUCAACGACGCCGCAGCCAUCCAAGUACGGCGGCGGCAGCGUCGUGAACACCGCGUUCCCUCCGCCGUUGCCCCUUCCGCCUCCCGCGUCGGUCACCACGUCUGGCGGUGGCGGUGCCGGUGGCGCUGGCAACGAGCGCAGCUCCUCGUCGGCAUCGUCGCCGCCACGGACAGACGACCUGACCAGCGAGAACGAGCAGCUCAAGAAGGACAACCGCACGCUGUCCACCGAGCUGGCGCAGGCGCGUCGGCACUGCGAGGAGCUCCUGGGCUUCCUCUCGCGCUUCCUCGACGUCCGGCAGCUCGACCUUGGGCUGCUCAUGCAGGAAGACGUGCGAGCGGGUGCCGGUGACGACGCCGCGCCGCGCCGCGCAAUGGUCAGCCAGCUAGAGCGCGGCGGCGAGGAGGGGAAGAGCGUGAAGCUGUUCGGCGUACUCCUCACGGAUGCCGCAAGGAAGAGGGCCCGGUGCGAGGAGGCGGCGGCCAGCGAGCGGCCCAUUAAGAUGAUCAGAAUCGGCGAGCCGUGGAUCGGCGUCCCGUCGUCGGGCCCGGGGCGGUGCGGCGGCGGGAAUUAAGGUAAGGUAUGGUUGGAACUGAUGCGCCACGGCCGGCCGUGUGACAGCUUUAUUACAGCGAGCGCAUGUUCGAGUCGUGGAUGCUUUUUGUGCGUGUUUGUAUUUGUCAUCCAAGGUGAGGUUGAUGGCAAGGAUAAUUCCAGUGCUGUGGUAAAACUGUGAAGGCAGAACACAGGGCACAGGAGAUAACCGUAACGCAUGUUAAAAGUUAAUUAUGGGAUGAUUUGGAGGUAGCAAGAUUGAAAGUAGGGAACUAGGGAUGACCGGAUGAGUAGACGGUCUAGAAAGACAAGCCCAUAUGUUUGGAAUGGAAUAUUAUCGUUUUUAUAUGUUUUGUUAAUCUGUUAGUAUUUGUUUGGCUGCACUCUAAUACAUCAUAUAUUUCAUC